AUGGAUAACAUCGAAAUAAAAGACACUACUCGUUUGGAGAGAGUUGGAGCUCAUUCUCACAUCGUUGGACUGGGACUUGACAGCAAAUUACAACCACUGGACAUUGGAGAUGGUAUGGUUGGUCAAGCGGCGGCCCGGAAGGCAGCGGGUGUAAUUGUUAACAUGGUGAAGGUACGGGUUUUGUUAAUUUGUUGUAAUGUUUUAGAAUCUCUUGCAAAACGAUGAACUUUUAGGAGAGCCAAAUCGCUGGAAGAGCGCUGUUAAUCACUGGCCCACCUGGUUCUGGAAAGACAGCUUUAGCCAUGGCAAUUUCCAAGGCGAUUGGGGAAGACACUCCAUUUGUUUGGCUUUCUGCAAGUGAAAUAUUUUCUGUAGAUGUCAGCAAAACCGAAGCCUUAAUGCAAGCAUUUAGAAAGGCAACUGGUGUAAGGGUUAAGGAGGAAACGGAGGUGGGUAUUGCCUUUAUUCAGCAUUACUCGGAAUUUUAGGUCUUGGAAGGAGAGGUUGUGUUGGUUGAGAUCGAUCGUCAGAAUCCGAAUAGUUCCGCAAAGACAGGCCGCAUUGCCUUGAAGACAAAUGAUAUGGAAGCCGUGUAUGAAUUGGGAGCAAAACUUAUUGACGUCAUUUUCAAGGAAAGGAUUUCAAGUGGCGAUGUUAUCCAGAUUCAGAGAGCAGCUGGUAAGGAAUACGGUUUUAAGCUUUUUUAUUCCUUAUUCAGGGAAGAUCAUAAAGUUGGGAAGGUCUAUAAGUCGACAAAAGGACUUUGACGCAGUGGGGUCCAACGUUAAAUUUGUGAAUGUACCAUCAGGGGAGAUUCAGAAGAGGUCAGAGAUGGUACAGACCAUCUCAUUACACGAUAUCGAUGUUAUUAACAGCAGAACCCAUGGUUAUUUGGCUGUGUUUUCCGGGGAUACCGGCGAAAUUAAAGCUGAAGUCAGAAAUCAGAUUAACAAGAAGGUAAAGCAUCAAAUUUAAACCUAACCAUUAUUUUAGGUUAGUGAAUGGAGAGAAGAGAAAAAGGCGUCGAUUGUGCCUGGUGUCUUGUUCAUCGACGAAGUCCACCUCCUUGAUCUCGAAUGUUUCUCCUUUCUGAACCGAGUAAUUGAAAGUGAUCUUUCCCCUCUUCUUGUUAUCGCCACCAACAGAGGUCAUGUUCCCAUAAGAGGGACUCAAUUGGUGUCUCCACACGGAAUCCCAGCGGAUUUACUCGACAGAUGUCUCAUAAUUAGGACGUUCCCAUACGGAGAAGAGGUAGGCCCGACUGCUUGUAAAUUAUAUGGCUUUAGGAUAUCAAGAAGAUCAUCGACAUCAGAGCCCAGGAAGAGAAUGUUCAACUCUCGGCUGAUGCCCUGUCGAUUCUUGUUAAAACAGCCGUCAGCUCGUCGUUGAGAUAUUCCAUGCAAUUGAUCUCUACUUCUGAUAUUGUUAGACUAAGAAGAAAAGGAGAUAAAGUAUGUGGUUUCGAAUAUACAGGGUGAUCCAAAAGGACGGAGACAGAAGUUCUGAAGGGUCCCACCUCGAAACUAGGCGUUAGAGAAACAAGCGACAGCGCAUAAUAUUUUAUAACACCCCCGCUCCUUUGAGUACCCUGUAAAAAGUAAUCGUACGCAUUUACAGGUCGAGAUCUCAGACAUCAAGAAGGUGUACAAUCUUUUUCUUGAUCUACCUCGUGCUUCGAAACUAGCCAAAGAAGAAUCCACCCAAUGA